AUGCCAGGGCCCUCGCCAGGGUUGUGCCGGGCGCUGCUCGUCCUCUGGGCUGCCUUCGGCCUGGGGCUCAUCGGCCUCUCAGUGGUCGCUCAGGAGCCUUUCUGGGCGGACCUGCAGCCCCGCGUGGCCCUCGUGGAGCGCGGGGGAUCGCUGUGGCUGAAUUGCAGCACGAACUGCCCACGACCCGAGCGCGGUGGCCUGGAGACCUCGCUGCGCCGGAAUGGGACCCAGAGGGGUUUGCGCUGGCUGGCGCGGCAGCUGGUGGACAUCCGAGAGCCAGAGACCCAGCCGGUCUGCUUCUUCCGCUGCGCGCGGCGCACACUGCAGGCGCGUGGGCUCAUUCGUACUUUUCAGCGGCCUGAUCGUGUAGAGCUGGUGCCGCUGCCUUCCUGGCAGCCUGUGGGCGAGAACUUCACCCUGAGCUGUAGGGUCCCUGGCGCGGGGCCUCGCGGGAGCCUCACAUUGACUCUGCUGAGGGGCACCCAGGAGCUGAUCCGCCGCAGCUUCUCCGGGGAGCCAUCCCGAGCGCGGGGCGCAGUGCUAACCGCCACAGUCCUGGCGCGCAGGGAAGACCAUGGAGCCAAUUUCUCGUGCCGCGCCGAGCUGGACCUGCGGCCCCACGGCCUAGGGCUGUUUGAAAACAGCUCGGCCCCCAGAAAGCUGCGAACCUUCGCACUGCCUUCGGAAUCCCCGCGCCUCGCUGCCCCCCGGCUCUUGGAAGUGGGCUCGGAAAGACCUGUGAGCUGCGCCCUGGACGGGCUGUUUCCAGCCUCCGAGGCCCGGGUCUUCCUGGCGCUGGGGGACCAGAGACUGAGUCCUGAUAUCACCCUGGAGGGGGACGCGCUCAGGGCCAUUGCCACAGCCACGGCUAGCGCAGAGCAGGAAGGCGCCAGGCAGCUGGUCUGCAACAUGACCCUGGGGGGUGAAAGCCGUGAGACCCGGGAGAACGUGACUGUCUACAGCUUCCCUGCGCCUCGCUUGACCCUGAGCGAGCCCAGCGUCCCGGAGGGGAAGACGGUGACUGUAACCUGCGCAGCUGGGGCCGGCGCUCUGGUUACCCUGGACGGAGUUCCAGCCGCGGUCCCGGGACAGCCUGCCCAGCUCCAACUAAACGCCACCGUGAACGACGACAGACGUGGCUUCUUCUGCGACGCCACCCUCGAGGUGGAUGGGGAGAUCCUGAGCAAGAACGAGAGCACCGAACUGCGAGUCCUAUACGCCCCCCGGCUGGACGAGUCGGACUGUCCCAGGAGCUGGACGUGGCCAGAGGGUCCAGAGCAGGCGCUGCGUUGCGAGGCCCGCGGAAACCCAGCGCCCUCUGUGCACUGCGCCCGGCCCGACGGCGGGGCAGUGCUGGCGCUGGGCCUGCUGGGUCCCGUCACUCGCGCGCUCUCUGGCACUUACCGCUGCACCGCAGCCAAUGUCCAGGGCGAGGCGGUCAAGGACGUGACACUAACCGUGGAGUACGCACCAGCGCUGGACAGUGUGGGCUGCCCGGAACGUAUUACAUGGCUGGAAGGAACAGAGGCCUCCCUGAGCUGUGUGGCACAUGGGAUGCCACCACCCAACGUGAGCUGUGUGCGCUCUGGGGAGGACAAGGUCAUCAAGGGCUUGCUGCGCGUGGCCCGGGAGCACGCAGGCACCUACCGCUGUGAAGCCAUCAAUGUUCGGGGCUCUGCAGCCAAAAAUGUGGCUGUCACGGUGGAAUAUGGUCCCAGUUUUGAGGAGCUGCGUUGCCCCAGCAACUGGACAUGGGUGGAAGGAUCUGGACGGCUGUUUUCUUGUGAGGUUGAUGGGAAGCCACAACCAAGAGUGGAGUGCAUUGGCUCCAGGGGCACCAGUGAAGGGGUGCUGCUGCCGCUGGCACCCCCAGAUCCUAGUGUCAGAGCCCCUAGCAUCCCUAGUGAACUUGCCUCUGGUAUCUACACCUGCAACGCCACCAACCAGCACGGCUCCAUGGUCAAGAUGGUGGCUGUGAACGUGGAGUCGCCUCCGAAAAUGGAUGAGUCCACCUGCCCGAGUCACCAGACGUGGUUGGAAGGGGCGGAGGCUGCCGUUCCGGCCUGCGCCGCCCUGGGUCGCCCCUCCCCACAAGUGAGCUGCUCCCGGGAGGGCGCCCCCUGGCGUCAGCGGCUGCAUGUGUCCCGACAGGAUGCGGGCACCUACCUCUGCUUGGCCACCAAUGAGCAUGGCACGGAGGCUCGGACCAUUACCGUGGGCGUGGAAUACCGGCCAGUGGUGGCCGAGCUGGCCGCCUCGCCCCCGGGAGGUGUGCGGCCAGGCGGGAACUUCACGCUGACCUGCCGCGCCGAGGCCUGGCCCCCUGCCCAGAUCAGCUGGCGUGCGCCCCCAGGGGCACUCAACAUAGGCCUAUCAAGCAACAACAGCACGCUGAGCGUAGCAGGCGCCCUAGGCAGCCACGGAGGCGAGUACGAGUGCGCAGCCACCAAUGCGCAUGGUCGCCACGUGCGACGCAUCACAGUGCGUGUGGCUGGUCCGUGGCUGUGGGUCGCCGUGGGAGGUGCGGUGGGGGGCGCAGCGCUGCUGGCCGCGGGGGCCGGCCUGGCCUUCUAUGUGCAGUCCACCGCCUGCAAGAAGGGCGAGUAUAACGUGCAGGAAGCUGAGAGCUCGGGUGAGGCUGUCUGUCUCAAUGGUGCGGGCGGUGGUGCCGGUGCCCAAGGUGGACCAGAACCUGAGGGCACUGCAGAGGCGCUGGAGGGGGGUGAGGUCUUCGCCAUUCAGCUGACAUCAACUUGA